AUGGGAUCGUCCAACCUUUUCGCAAAUGAUCGUCCCCCGAAACGGGGGCGCACCGAUGCAACCGCUGAAAUCCUCCAGAAAAAGAAAGACACCUUCCCCAAGUAUCACGUAAUCCACUGUGAGAACGCCGACAACAAAGCCCGUAACAUUUCACCUUUCCUAGUGUCAAGGUGUCUCACUGAGACCAUCGGAAGCGGCUACAAAGCCACGAAGAUGGCCAGUGGGGACCUGCUGGUUGAAGUUAAAGAUAAGUCGCAGUAUCAAAAAUUGACGAACCUUGUAGCGUUUGGGGACCAACCGAUAACUGUCACCGCCCACAGAACAAUGAAUACGGUGAAGGGUGUCGUGUCAGACGAUGACCUCAUGAACCUUACUGAUGAUGAACUCCUGGUCGGCUGGAAGGAUGAGAAUGUUGUACAGGUACAACGAAUAAAAAUCAGACGAGAGAACAGGGAAAUACUCACUAGGCACAUAAUCGUUACCUUCAACUCUAGCACACAUCCAGACGAAAUAGAAACAGGCUACUUGAAGUUGCACGUCAGACCAUACAUUCCAAACCCAAGGCGCUGCUUCAAGUGCCAAAGGUUUGGCCAUGCAUCACAGAGCUGCCGAGGGCAGCUUACUUGUGCUAAGUGCAGUGCUACGGGACACUCUGCUGAUGACGACUGCAAUGCUGAAGCUCACUGUGCAAAUUGUGAUGGUGACCACCCGGCGUACUCGAGAUCCUGCACAGCUUGGAGAAAAGAGAAGGAGAUCAUCACUAUCAAAUUUAAAGAAAACAUGAGCUUCCGCGAAGCCAGACAGCGUCUCUCACCGUACCUUGCUAAAAAGUCAUCAUUCGCCGAAGUGGUGCAACGGGGGCCAGCACCACAACGGCAUCAGGCGGCCGUCCAGCCCACGCGUAGUGCGCUGAGGCGACCGCCCCUCGCCCCCACGGUGGGAGCAGCCACGGCUGCCCUACCCUCCCCUAACGCGGCCACACUGGAGGCCUCUCCUAGACCUGGCACCAGCCGGGACAGCUCAGAGGCCAAAGAGGUCCUGCCGACCUCUUCUCUGGUGGGGUCAAAGGCCUCGUCUGCCAAGACGAAGCCUUCACAACGCCAUCAUCGCUCGCUAGAGCAACUGUCCGACGUCUUGCACGAGGCGAUGGACACUACUUCUAGCCCAGCGGUGCAGGCAGCGCCUAAGGAGCGGCGAGACACUCUCGACCGCUCCAAAAAAGCAAAACCCCAAUUGCAGGGCCAGAAAAGGGUCCUGUAA